AUGAGCACCGUCACCAUCACUACCACCGAAACCGUCGUCCCAGAGGCCCAGUUUCCUCCACCAGUCAGAACAUGGGAAGCCAUUCGCGAUGAAAAGCGAGCCGAGCAGCUCUCGCGAAUCCCUCCGUCGUGGAGGCUGCAGCCCUCGCAGUUCCCUGGCAGAGAUGUAGCGGAUGUCCGCCCGAUGGCAGCAAUCAGCGGAAUCCUCACCGAGCGCGAGCUCGAAAUCACGGGUGAAAAGUACGACGCUACCUCCCUUGCCGCGGAGAUUGCCCAGGGCACAUACACGGCUGUUGAGACAGUCACUGCAUUCUGCAAGAAGGCGGCCAUCUGUCAGCAGCUGUGCAACGCGCUAACGGAGAUCUUCUUUGCGGAUGCGAUUGAGAAGGCGAAAAAGCUUGACGAGCAUUUUGCGAAAACUGGAAAGACUGUGGGGCCGCUGCAUGGACUGCCGAUGACAUUCAAGGAGUGCUUUCAUGUCAACGGCUAUGAUGCGUCGAAUGGGUACAUCUCCAGAUGCUUUGAGCCUUCAACGACUACGACCCCGGUUAUACAGCUGGUUGAGCACGCUGGGGCGGUGGUCAUUGCAAAGACGAAUGUCCCGCAGACGAUGCUCGUUGCAGAGUGCGAGAAUAACGUCUUUGGCCGGACACGAAACCCAGUGGUCAGUCACUUGUCCUGCGGUGGCAGCAGUGGCGGCGAGGGUGCGCUGUCGGCAUUCAGGGGCAAUGCAUUGGGGAUAGGGACGGAUGUGGGAGGCUCUAUCCGUCUCCCCGCUGCCUUCAACGGCGUCUACGGCUACAAGCCCUCUGUUGGAAUCCUCCCGUUCAUCGGGUACGCGGCCUCGGGCUGGACAGGAGUCAACACGGGCAUCCCCGCCGUCUUGGGCCCCAUAGCGCACUCCAUCCGCGACAUGAGACUCCUCACCGAGACCGUCCGCGCCGCGCAACCCUGGCUGUUCGACCCGGCCGUAAUACCCGGAAUAAUGGAACAGCCCACACCCCCAUCCCACCGCAAACCCAUCAUCGGCAUCCUCACACAAUCCGGGGUCACCCCGCACCCACCCGUCCUCCGCGCGAUCCAGACAGCAAAAUCCAAACUCGAAUCCGCCGGCUACGAAACUCGCGACUUCACCCCAAGCUGUCCAUCCUUUAGCAGAAUCCGCGAAAUCUCCGCCCAGCUAUUCACAGUCGACGGCGCAUCGUAUGCGCGCCGCGAGCUGGCCAAAGCAGGCGAGCCCGUCGUACCCUCUGUGACGAAAUUCGGGUUCUGGGAUAUGCCACGCAAGACGCACGAGGAGAUGUGGGCGUGGAAUACGGAAAAGGGCGCGAUGCAGAAGGCCAUGCUAGAUGCGUGGCAGGCGCUCGGGAUUGACGUGCUUGUUUGUCCGGCGGCGCCGCAUGCGGCGAUUAGUCCCGAGGAGACGACCAAGGAGUUGUAUACCGUUGUUUGGAAUGCGGUUGAUUAUCCCGCGGUUAUUAUGCCAUUUACCAAGGUGGAUCCGGUAUUCGACACCAAGAACAAUGCAUUCGAGCCAAAGGAUGAUUUGGAUAAGAGCAUCCAGGCACUAUACGACCCAGGCCUCAUGGCCGGCGCCCCAGUCUCACUGCAACUCGUUGCCCCGAGACUCCAAGACGCGGCAUUGCUCAGAUACGCCGAGGAACUGGAUGGAGUGCUCAACAGUGAGAACUGA